AGAGACACAGACGCACACACACACACACACACACACUCUCUCUCUGGCAGUGAGACAAGCAAGCUCUCGCACUCCGACCCCGGCUCCGAGAGGAGGAGAGGAGGAAGGGGGAGGACUUUUCCCUCCCUGGAGUUUUUCCUCUUGCUUUUCCGUGGCUGGUGGCGGGGCCUAGGCCCGGAUCCCUCUCUGAGCUUCCCGGCGAGUUCUCCCGGCCAUGGAGGGGCUAAUGGACAACGAGAUCCUGAGGGCCUUUGCUUCCUACGCGACCAUCGUGCUGUCCAAAAUGAUGCUCAUGAGCACCAUCACCGCCUACUUCAGAAUCACCAGGAAGGCUUUCGCCAACCCGGAAGACGCAGCGUCCCUGGGGAAGGGAGAGAACCCGAAGAAGUUUGUCCGGACGGAUGAGGCCGUGGAGAGAGUACGCAGGGCUCACCUGAACGACUUGGAGAACGUGGUGCCGUUCCUGGGCGUGGGGCUGCUGUACGCCCUGAGCGGGCCGGACCUGGGGGCCGCCCUGCUGCACUUCCGCCUCUUCGCCUUCUCCCGCCUCUACCACGGCGUGGCCUACCUCGUCCCCCUGCCCCAGCCCAACCGCGGCCUCGCCUUCUUCCUCGGCUACGGCGUCACCCUCUCCAUGGCCUGCGGUCUCCUCAGACGCCACCUCUACCUCUGACCCCCCACCCGGGAAGCCCCCCGGGCCCCCCCGCCGCCGGCGCUCGCCUCGGCCCCGUCCCCUUCC